GGCCCCCCCGAGCUCAAACCAUGUUCCAGCCGUCCGCCAAGCGCUGCUUCACCAUCGAGUCCCUGGUGGCCAAGGACACCCCGCUGAGCCCCGAGGAACCCCUGCGGCCCUCGGCCCUCAAUUAUCCCCCCCCCGCCUCUUCCGACGCUUUCCCCGGCGGUUUCCAAGGGGCCGCAGCCGCCGGUCGGGCUCUGUACGGCGGCACCGAGCUCGUCUUCCCCGAAGCCGUGGGGCACCCGGCUCUACCCGUCGCUCCGCAUCAGCUCGGAGCAUCGCCUCUCCCGCACCCUCACUCCUUCUUCGGACCGCAGCAUCGCGACCCGCUCAACUUCUACCCCUGGGUGCUGCGCAACCGCUUCUUCGGGCACCGCUUCCAAG